GCUUCAGUUUCUUAGGACAAUAUGGCGGUUAUGCUUCUUAUGAUCAGUGUAGAAGGCAUUUGACGUAGUAUCGUCGAAUUUCUAGAUUCAUAGUUAUUGCAGGACGCUUCGCAUUAAGAAAAAUCCAUUAGAAUAUUAAAAAAGUGUUUAAAAAUAACGUUAGGAUUUCAAUAUGGAUCUUCUUCGCACCCUGACCACCAUGAAGAAGAAAUAAAUGGUGUUGGCAUUAAGAACUCUGCGUUAUUGUGUUCGCUACCAAUCGUUUGGAACGAGAAACGAAAAUUUCAAUUACAAGAAAGAUGACGGCUGAUUAUGAAAAGGAUAUUACCCAUUGCUUAAUCUGCAAUAAUAAAGUUGGGGUUUCAACCAGAAGCAGUAUACGUAUAUUCAAUGAAACUUCUGUUACUACUUCCGAAAAGCCCCUUGUUGAUACUAUUUGUACAGUUUUAGAAGUAAAUAUUAAUGAAGAAACAGCGCAUUCAUUGGUUAUCUGUAAAAAAUGUUAUAAAUUAUUUAAUGAGAUCGAUGAAUUAGAAAAUAGACUAUUAGAGAUAAAGCAAGAAUUAUUUAAUAAUUAUCAAAAAACAAUUACUAAAAUAACAGACUUAUCAAAAAAUGAUGAAGAAUAUAAUGAUCAUGAUUAUAUAAAUAAUCUAGAAGGUGAAACUAUGGAAGUUGAAUUAAAAGACGAUGAAAUUUCUAAUCCAUUAAAUUACAAAGAAAAUGAAAGGGAUUUUGAAGUAGUCGAAGAGAUAAUGGAAGAAAGUAAUGAAAUGGAAGAAUCUGAUAACAUAUUUGUUGGUGUAGAAGCCAUACUUGAUGCGAACAAUGAACAAGAACAGAAAAGCUUAAAAAAAUCUAAAUCUGAUGGAAAAGACGAAACUCCUCAGGAGCAGUUGGUCAUUAGAGAAGGGGUUCUUUAUACUUGCUUACUAUGUUCAGACGAGGAAGAAAAAGUAGUAGCUGAUUCAAAAACUAUUGUAAUGCAUAUGAGAAAUACCCAUGAAACACGUUUAUAUAUUUGCGAUGUAUGUGGAGAUGACUUUAGAAAAAGAAAUCUACUAUCCCUUCACCUAGAUGAACACGUUGCAAAGGAGGAAGGUGAUUUUCAAUGUGAAGUAUGUAACAGAAUCUUUGGUAAUUUACGAUUAUUUAGAAUCCACAAGAGAAUUCAUUAUCCGCAAGUAAAAUCGUGGUCUUGCGAAACUUGUGGUAAAAAAUACAGCUCCAGAAAUCUUUUGGAAGAGCAUAUUAAUACACAUACUGGAGCGCGCCCACAUGUUUGUGAAACUUGUAACAAAAAUUUUGCAUCCAAGUAUACGUACAAAGCUCACAUUAAAACACAUCAGAUAAGACCACGGCCAUUUAGGUGCUCGCAAUGUAAUAAAACAUUUUUGAGCCAACAAAAUCUGAAUCAACACGAAAGAACUCACAAUGGCAUUAAAGAGCAUGUUUGUGUUCAAUGUGGUAAGGCAUUUGGUUCGCCGCAUAACUUAGAAGUACAUAAUAUUGUUCAUACCGGAUAUAAACCAUAUAUAUGCAGAGAAUGUGGGAAGGCAUUUGCUAGGAAAGCAGAAAUAAGAGAUCAUGAACGCACUCAUACAGGAGAGAAGCCUUAUCAAUGUGAAUUUUGUGGAGCUACUUUUAGUCAAAGAUCUAAUCUGCAAUCUCAUAAACGUGCUACGCAUUACAAUGACAAAAGAUACAAAUGCAGCGAUUGCGAUAAAGGAUUUAAAAGAAGAAGACUUCUUGAUUAUCACAUAAAAGCAGCUCAUACAGGUGAAAGACCAUAUAAAUGCAAUGUGUGCACAGCAACUUUUGUUUAUCCUGAACAUUUCAAGAAACAUAUGCGCAUUCAUACUGGCGAAAAACCAUAUUUAUGUGAAGUAUGUGGAAAAGCAUUCAAUAGUAGAGAUAAUAGAAACGCACAUAGAUUCAUACAUAGUGACAAAAAGCCUUAUGAAUGUUUAGUUUGCGGUACAGGCUUUAUGAGAAAGCCUUUGUUGUAUGCUCAUAUGCAAGCUCAGGGACAUUUAAACGAUACAAUUGUUGUUAAUCAACCACGUUUAACCACGGAAGAUGAUCAAAUAAUAACAAUUCCAGAAAAUAAUGCAGAAUUGUUAAUGGAUGACUGUGCAAAUAAUCAGUUGGAAGAAACUGCGUUAUAUGUCACUGAAUUAAAAGACCACGUUAUCAUACAACAUCAGGAUGAUAAUCAAAUAUAUAAUGAAGAAACUGUUUUAAAUAUACCUGAGGAAGAGAAUGUUGUAGGAGAAGUAGUUGAUCAAAUAACGGUACAUGAACAGAUACACUUUACUGAAAGAGAUUCUAUAGAAGAUAAGAACGAAGAAACAAAUCAAGUUGAAGAAGUAUACACUUACAACGACAGUGAAGAAGGAGAAACAGUUGUUCCCCAUCCUGCUGAAUAUAAAGAAAUUGUGGAAGAUAAAAAACAUUCUGUAAGAUUGGUUCAGAUAAAAUUUCCAUCGUCAGUAUCCGAAGAAGGUAGAAGUUGGCUGAGCUUAGUACAAAAUACAUAAAAAAUUUAUUUAAUUAUUGCUUAGCAUAAUAAUUAACUGAUCAGCAUUAAAUAUGUACUUCUAGGAUUAUAUUGAAUCCGUACAUAAUUUAUAUACUUUUAUCAGAUAAAUGAAUAUCUUUUAUUUUAUACUUAAAUAUAAAAAAUAAUAUUAUAUAGGUAAUCUUAUAAACAUGAUCUACUUCGCUAAUAAUGUAUGGUAAUAAUGUAUUUAUAGAAAUGUGUCUAAUCAAAGACAAUUUCAAUUAGAUUGUAAGUGCAUGGAAUGUGUUAUUUGUUCAACCAUUGAUGAUUUUGUAACACCAAGUAACAAUUGUAUAAGUGAUAAAAAAUACACAAUAUAAGUAAAA